AGGAGGAAAAAAGAGAGCAAUGGAGGCGUCCACAGGAAGCCUUGAGUCAGCAGUGAGCGUUUGAGCGAGGGAAUCAGUACCUUUUUGGUGAUACAAACGGAUGCUGCAAGAUGCUAAGAGUGUGUGCGUGUAGGUGUGUGUGUGUCUGUGCUGCAGCAGGCAGGAUUUGCGUAACAAGAACGUGUUAGCAGCCAAAUAUUUUUGUGAAAGGAGGCGGCGAUGGGAGACAGCUACGUGUACCGGCGACUUCCCUACGCCAGAGGAGGCGAGGAGGGCGAGGAGGAGGAGGAAGGAGAGGAGGGAGGAAGGAUGCGAGAGAGUGUCGGACGACAGAUGAUGCAGGGCGAGGAAGGCACCGAGUGGCUGCUGGAGCUGCUGACCGACGUCCAGCUGCAGCAGUACUUCCUGCGUCUACGCGACGAGCUCAACAUCACGCGGCUCUCGCACUUCGACUACGUUAAGAACGAAGACCUGGAGAAGAUCGGCAUGGGGCGCCCGGGUCAGAGGAGGCUGUGGGAGGCCGUCAAGAGGAGGCGAGCGCUUUAUAAACGCAAGUCCUGGAUGAGCAAGGUGUUUCCCGUGAAGCGGCCCGACGCCGACCCACAGCAGCCCCUCCCACAUGGCGCGUUGUCCAGCGGCGGCGGGGCCACGCCCACUAGCGACUCUGCGGCCUCGCUCACCUGCCUCAUCCGAGAGUCUGAGCUGCAGUUGUUCGAGCGCUUGGGCGACGGCACGUUUGGGGUGGUGCGCAGGGGCGAGUGGAGCGCCCCCAGCAGCCGAGUGCUGUCAGUGGCGGUGAAAUGUCUCAAGGCCGGCGUGCUGGACUCGGACGGGCUGGAUGACUUCAUCCGAGAGGUGAACGCCAUGCACUCGCUCAGCCACCAGAACCUGAUCCGCCUAUAUGGGAUUGUCUUGACGCAGCCCAUGAAGAUGGUGACCGAGCUGGCGCCACUGGGCUCAUUGUUGGACCGUUUGAGGAAACGUCAAGGUCACAUUCUGAUCUCGGCGCUGUGCAACUACGCCGUGCAGGUGGCAUGUGGCAUGGCCUACCUGGAGCAGCGUCGUUUCCUCCACAGGGACCUGGCGGCCCGCAACGUGCUGCUGUCCACCAACGAUUUGGUGAAGAUCGGAGACUUCGGCCUGAUGAGGGCGCUGCCGUCACACGCCGACCAGUACGUCAUGGAGGAGGGCCAUAAAAUCCCGUUCCCAUGGUGUGCUCCGGAAUCCUUGAAAUCCCGCAGCUUCUCGCAUGCGUCUGACACCUGGAUGUUCGGAGUGACCCUUUGGGAGAUGUUCAGCCAUGGACAGGAGCCAUGGAUGGGCCUGAAUGGAAGCCAGAUCCUCCACAAAGUGGACGUGGAGGCUGAACGACUGUGCAAGCCAGAUGACUGUCCUCAGGACAUCUACAAUGUCGUACUGCAGUGCUGGAGCCCCAAACCCGAGGACAGACCCACCUUUGUCGCCCUCAGGGACUUCCUGAUGGAGACCAUGCCAACAGACAUGAGAGCUCUCCAGGGCUUUGCGGAGGAAGGCAAGCUUGAGAUUCAAAUGAAUGAUGUCAUCGCCAUCAUAGAGGGAAGGGCAGAGCACUACUGGUGGAGAGGCCAGAACAGGAGAACGCUGCGCAUGGGCCAGUUCCCUCGCCACGUGGUGACGGCGGUGGCCGGCCUGUCCGCACACGACAUCAGCCGGCCGCUCAAGCACUCGUUUAUCCACACGGGACACGGGGACACCGACCCGCACCGGAGCUGGGGCCACGCCGACCGCAUAGACAGUCUAUAUUUGGGGAACCCCAUGAAACCCCCUGAUGUUCUCGGAGUGGACCCUUGCAUGUCAAGACCGACCAAGCUCCCCAACCGGGCCAAGAAGCAACCACCUCCUCGCCCUCCUCAGCCCGCAGUGCUGCUGAAGAAGCCUUUCUAUGAUUCUGUGAUGGAGGAUUAUGACGAUGAGGAAGACGACCCCACCAGCGCUCGGCCCGGCUUUAAGAGGCUCGGCGUGCCCCUGGGCCUCAAGCUCCGCCCGUGGGAAGGCUGCGGUGGCGGUGCACGCGCCGACGCCGGCGAAGUGUCGCUCAUCGACUUCGACGACAGCUUCAGCUCGACCACGCCCUCACCACUGACCGAGACGCAGCAGCCAGACGAGGACACGUUGAAGCCGACCUACGACGAGGUUGCUACGGAACUGCCGGACCAAUCGGAGGACCAGGAGGUGCGAUCCAUCAACAAAGGGACAACGGAAGAGGCCCCGCCCACUCCCUCCGGCGCCGCCAUGUUGGGCAGGAACGAGUCUCAGUCGGCCGACCUCUUCCAGGAGCUCCAGCGAGAGGUGAUGGUGAAGAUGCAGGUUCCCAUGGCGACAGGCCGCUCUCUGCCCUCCUCGCCGCUCCCACCGCCGCUGGCGCCGCUGACGCCUCACCGGCAGAUCUACCUGCCGCCUCCCUCGCCGUCCUCCAGCUUCACGUCGGGCUUCGGGGACCGACCGGUGGUGCCACCCCGCAGCCCCGCGCCCCCGCUGCGCCCCUCCAAGGGCACCUCCCACCCGCACCACAGCUCCAUCUCUCUGGAGCUGGAGGACACCCCACCUCAGAUCCCUCCGCGGGACCGCGCCCUCUCCCAGCCGGGCUCGCGCUCCUCCUCGCCGCUCACUCUGGUGCCGUCCUCCGCCUUCCUUCCACCUCCCCCGCUUUCCGUCUCCCCCCGUCGGGCGUCUGGCCUCCUGGGUCCCCUGCUGUCCUGCUCCCCUCCCAAAGGCCCGCCUCCUGGUUCUUCUUCCUCCUUUUUGGAUCCUCUGGCCUUGCGGGAGCCUCGUGGACUCUCCUCUGCGAUUGACAGCUCGCAGAGCUCUGCCCUGGCCCCAUUGCCAGAGCGACCAGCUUUACUGGAAAGGUACGGCGCAGCCAAUAUGGCGGCGGUCAAACCAAUGAUACAGCACCCUGCCCGGGCCAAGUCCAACUCCUCUUACAACAACAACAACGGACGGACGGAAGCUCCCAGCAUGCAACGGGAGCUGAGCAUCAUACAGCAGGUCCAAGGAGCCGUUCAUGGGGUGACUCUGGACGAGUGUCAGGCUGCGCUGCAAAGUCACGACUGGGGAAUCCAGCAGGCCGUCGACCAUUUGAAGGUGGAGCAGUUGUUUCGUCUGGGCCUGCGUUCCCGGUCCGAGUGCGAGGCUCUCCUGCGGCGCUGCCAGUGGAACCUGGAACAGGCCAGCUCGCUCAUGCUGGACGCGUACGGACCGCACUGCAACAGCAUAUGAAGUGACAGCAUCAUGUGAUAUCAGCGGCGACUCUUCUGUCCAAGGACCCGGCAUUGAAUGUUCUCCUCUUGUAUGUACUGUGAACACAUGCUCCAAACUGGUGUCGCACAAUUGAACCGCUUACUUGAACUCAGACACGCACUGGUUAUUUAUUUUUACUACUUAAAUGUCAUAUUUGAGAUGCACCAACAUACUGUAUAAAAAGAAUGCGCAACACUUCCUAUGUCGUGUAUCCGCAGGUGGAAAUAAAAGUGGUAUGAAAAGAGAAUGCCCCCAGGAUCAAACGUGUGAUCUUUCCAUUACGGGACAAGUCUCUGUACCGCACUCAUCCCUCCCCGCACGUAUUGAUUGCAGCGGCGCACUGAAUCACUGUGUGAUCCCUGGACGGCCUUUCUCAUCCACAACAUCACUAAGCACUCCUGUCCCAUUUACCGAUGGUGCGUGACAACACACACACAAACAAACACACACACACGCACACUCAGUUUGCAGACAGACAAUCUACCUCAUGACUCAAUCAAAUUUGUUGUAUUAAAUCACAUGACGAGUUUGAUGCCAGACAAGUAAGUGGGAUUUCCCAGCCAGCUGAAUAACUUGUCAGUUGUGCUUACUUAGCUCAGGCUUGGACUCCGGACACCUACCAGGACUGUUUAUCCUAAUGUUAGCUCCGUGUUGUCCGCCACAUUUGUAUUUAUUUAUUUUUGGCAUUCAUUUAGUUAUCCAACGAAUGAGGUUCCCCUGGGGUCAAUCAUGAGUCCACUCUAAAAAUGUGUUUUUAAAAAGUUAUCAGUCCGUUUUGUGUUUUCCAAGGGUCGCACGGAUUAGGGGGCUCGUUAUUAUAGUUCUUUUUUUCAUCUGUAUUGUUUAUUUUUUUGUAAUCAAUUAAACAAUCACUGGUACCCUGCAAAAAGUCAGUGUUCAAAAACAAGAAACAAAAAUACAAAAAUGAGGGUUAUUUUAUUUGAAUCAAGCAAAAUUAUCUGCCAUUAGAACAAGAACAUUUGGCUUGUCAGGACUUUCCAAAACAAGUACAAUUAGCUAACCUCAAUGAACCCAAAAAUACCUUUAAAGGGGAACAUUAUCACCAGACCUAUGUAAGCGUCAAUAUAUACCUUGAUGGUGCAGAAAAAAGACCAUACAUUUUUUUAACCGAUUUCCGAACUCUAAAUGGGUGAAUUUUGGCGAAUCAAAGGCCUUUCUGUGUAUUGCUCUGGUGGCGAUGACGUCAGAACGUGACGUCACCGAGGUAAUACAGCCGCCAUUUUCUUUUUCUAUACAUUACACACACGGGUCUCAGCUCGACUAUUUUUUGGAACCUUGGAGACAUCAUGCCUCGUCGGUGUGUUGUCGAAGGGUGUAACAACACUAACAGGGAGGGAUUCAAGUUGCACCACUGGCCCGAAGAUGCAAAAGUGUCUGCCGCCAGACCCCCAUUGAAUGUGCGGGAGUGUCUCCACAUUUUACCGGUGAUGACAGACAUGGCACAGAGAUGUAUGGAUAACCUGCAGAUGCAUUUGCAACGAUUAAGUCAACGAAAUCACAAAGGUGAGUUUUGUUGAUGUUGUUGACUUAUGUGCUAAUCAGACAUAUUUGGUCGCGGCGUGACUGCCAACUAAUCGAUGCUGACAUGCUAUUUACCGGCGAUGACCGACAUGGCACAGAGAUGUAUGGAUAACCUGCAGAUGCAUUUGCAAUGAUAAAGUCAACGAAAUCACAAAGGUGAGUUUUGUUAAUGUUGACUUAUGUGCUAAUCAGACAUAUUUGGUCGCGGCGUGACUGCCAGGUAAUCGAUGCUAACAUGCUAUUUACCGUCGGUGCUAAAGCAGACAUGGCACAGAUGUAUGGAUAACCUGCAGACGCGUUUGCAACUAUAUUACGUUUCCUUCCACCAACAUUUAAUGCGAAAAAAACGGCAGCAGUGUAUGACGUCACAGGAAAAUGGAUAGUGGUUUCAAAGAUAGCGAAAAUAAGGCACUUUAAAGCUUUUUUUAGGGAUGUUCCGGGACCGGUAAAAUUUUGAAAAAAACUUCAAAAAAUACAACAAGCCACUGGGAACUGAUUUUUAUUGUUUUCAACCCUUUUGAAAUUUUGAUAAUGUUCCCCUUUAAAAGACUUAUAUUCUCACUAAUAACAACUGUACUACUAUACAAGUACGUAUUUUCUAUUGUUUCAUUGAAAAUAAGACUGCAAAGUCCAUUUGGCUGUCACCUGUUUUUAUAUGAAACACUAUUGUGUCAAAGUCAUGAUUUUUUUUUUUCAUGCUUGAAAUAAGAAAUGAUUACUUUAAAAAAGUAGUUUUAUACUUGUGACUGUUGAUCACACAGCCUUGCAACACUUGACAUUCUAGUUUCAAGCAUGUUUUACUCGAUAUAGGUCACCAAAUCUCAGCAACAAGCUGUAAUAUCUUACUGAGAUCAUUUAGGCACCGUCUUUAGCGUCCUCUACAACCUGUCGUGACGUCCACUUAUCCUCCAUUCAAACAGCGUGCCUGUCACAGUUCAAUUAAAUGUGGAGCAGAGGAACCCAAGGAUGCAGAUGGAUUGUGAGUUAAAUAGAUAGAUAAAUUGAUAGAUAGAUAGUGUGACGAUCUGUCACUUCAUUUCUGUUGGUUUUCUUUGUUUUUGUAUUUACUUCCCGUCAGUGCUCUUAUUUUGUUAAAUUUCUUGUUUAUUCCGCGGAGCACUGUUUUCUCCUCACCUGCCGGUCCACAUCUGCUGCCAAUCAACAUAUGUCUAUUUAUGUUUUCACUCGAGCACUCCUCAGUGCUCGAAGAUAAUUCUCUGUUUGGAACUUCUGUUUGCAAGACUGCUUCGUGUUUUUCUUUGAUGAUAAUUAAAGUCAUCUUACCUGCUCUCAGCUCUCCUGGUUCUUGCAUCUUGGGGUAACAAAACGGCGGCCAUGCGUUUUCCUGACAGAUAGUACUUUAUUGAUUCCUUCAGGAGAGUUCCCUCAGGAAAAUUAAAAAUGUUUUUAUUUGUUUAAAGGCCUACUGAAACCCACUACUACCGACCACGCAGUCUGAUAGUUUAUAUAUCAAUGAUGAAAUAUUAACAUUGCAACACAUGCCAAUACGGCUUUUUUGGUUUACUAAAUUACAAUUUUUAAUUUCCCGGGAGUUUCGUCUUGGAAACGUUGUGUAAUGAUGACGUGAACGCAAGACGUCACGCGUUUUUAGGAAGUAUGAGCGCUACGCACACACAGGUAAAAGUCGUCUGCUUUAACGGCAUAAUUACACAGUAUUUUGGAGAUCUGUGUUGCUGAAUUUUUGGCAAUUUGUUCAAUUAAUAUUGGAGAAGUCACAGUAGAAAGAUGGAGUUGGGAAACUUUAGCCUUUAGCCACACAAACACACGGUGAUUCCUUGUUUAAAAUUCCGGGAGCUGAAACUUUACUAUGGAUCAGAGCGCGGUCAAGCGGACAUGGAUCCCAACCGAAUGUCAACCAGCAGGUUUCGGUGAGAGAAUUGUGGUUAAAAAGUCAGCACUUACAGAAUAUCUGCUGAGCUUGUGCCGUCCGUCCAGCUGCCGUCGACUCCCCUGAGACACUGGCGUCAACACACCCGUGGACAAACCCCUCCGACUAUCAGGUACUAUUAAACUCACUAAAACUAGCAACACAAUAGAAAGAUAAGGGAUUUCCCAGAAUUAUCCUAGUAAAUGUGUUUAAAAUCAUCUAAAUCCGUCCCAAUGCAAUCGCGUUUUUUUUUUGGAUUUUUUUCUAAUCCGUUGCUAUCAAUAUCCUCAAACACAAAUCUUUCAUCCUCGCUCAAAUUAAUGGGGAAAUUGUCGUUUUCUCGGUCCGAAUAGCACUUUUUGUUGGAGGCUCCCAUUAAAAUCAAUGUGAAUAUGUGAGGAGCCCCCACACUUGCGACGUCAUCGUCUGCGACUUCCGGUAGAGGCGAGGCUUUUCUCUUAACACCGACAGUUGCGAACUUUAUCGUGGAUGUUCUCUACUAAAUCCUUUCAGCAAAAAUAUGGCAAUAUCGCGAAAUGAUCAAGUAUAACACAUAGAAUGGACCUGCUAUCCCCGUUUAAAUAAGAACAUCUAAUUUCAGUAGGCCUUUAAAUGUAUUGAUUUUAUUUGUUUACAAUAGGCUGUGAUGAUAAUGUAAAUGAGGGAUUUCUUAAUCACUGCUAUAUUGGAAUUCUUAUUAAUAUUAAUGCUGUUGUUGAUAUUAUUCAUUUUUGUUUGACUAAUUUUGGUUUGUUUUAUGUCAUGUUUGUGUGUCUUCUCAAUUACUCUGAUUGCUAUUCUGAAUGAAGCGGUAGGAAAUGGAUGGAUGGGUAUUAUUGUGUAUUAUUUUUUUGGGUUGAUUAAUAAUUUUUUUUAGCAGUAUCGUACCAUUUUUUAUUAAUUAUUACGGCGGGCAGCCAGCUGAAUAGCCCAGGUCUAAGAAUUUCCCCCAAAAAAGCUAAGUUAAAAAAUUACUAGUUUUAACUAUUUUAAAUUAACCUAAAAAAUGACUUAUUUUAUCUUUGCGGAAAAUAUUGGACACAAUAUGUUGUCCAGCUUAUGAGAUGUGAUGCAAGUGUAAGACACCAUUGUUAAUUUUUUAUUUAUUUUUUUUAUAAAUGGCUGUGAUGAUAACUUCAAUGAGGGAUUUCUAAUCACUGCUAUGUUUGAAUUCUUAUUAAUAUUAAUACUGUUGUUGAUAUUAUUCAUUUUUGUUUGACUACUUUUGGAUUGUCUUGUGUCAUGUUUGUGUGUCCUCAAUUAAUCUGUUGAUUGCUAUUCGGAAUGUUGCUUGGUUUGGUUUUGGAAUUGGAAUUGUAUUAUUAUGGAUUUAUUGCGUAUUAC